GUUCCGUCGUCCGCCUCUUGACUUGCUUGUUUCGUUGGCGUGUGGCUGAGACAAUUCCCCAAUUGUUUUGAAAUCCGUUCGCUCGAAACCCGCUAACGCAAAAAGAGAGCGUCGUCGUCGGUUCCCACCCCCCCUUUUUGCUCAAUCCCCCUUUUUGGCCGAAAGUCGGAUACAUUGGGUGCCUAGUCUCGAUCCAGCACAAUGCCUCCCCCGCCUCCCCCGCCUCCGGGCCCCCCGCCGCCGCCCGCUGCCGGCCCCCCGCCCAUGACCAAGGGCGGCGAGAAGGCUCGCGGCGCGCUCCUCGGCGACAUUCGAGGUGGCACAAAGUUGAAAAAGACUGUUACAAACGACCGAUCUGGACCCGUCCUCGACGCACCUAAAGGUGGUGGUGGCGGCGGUGGCGGUGGUGGCGGCGGCGGCGGCGGCGGCGGCGGCGGCCUCUUUGCUGGUGGCAUCCCAAAGCUCCCAAACAAGGGUGGCGGUGGCGGCGCUGGCGCUGCUGCUGCUCCUGGCCCUCGACCCCCAGGCAUGGCCAUGCCACGACCCCCAACGUCCAGCCCCAGCUCUGCAGGCGGCGCUCCUCGACCGGCUCCUCCCUCGAUGAACUCUGGCCCGCGACCUCCAGCCAUGGGCGGCGCACCACGGCCUCCGAUGGCUCCCACUCCUGCUGCAGCGGCGCCGGCACCACGACCACCAGCGCCCAUGGCCACCCCUACCAGCUCUGCGGGUUCCCCCGGAAUGGCUCGGGCGCCCCCGCCGAGCGCACCACGUCCAGGAGGCGCGCCUCCUCCGCCUUCCCGCGCUGGCCCACCUCCAGCAGCCCCGUCUCCCGUUUCAUCAGCACCACGGCCAGCAGGUCCUCCUCCGCCGUCACGCGGUGGCGCUCCUCCGCCUCCCGGCCGCGCUGGCCCUCCCCCGCCUCCGGCACGCGACGACGCCGACAGCUCGAGCGCGUCCAACUCGCCUCGAUCGUCCGCAAUUGGCGCCCCGCCCCCGCCAAACCGGGCCGCGGCUCCUCCGCCGCCAACACGAUCCGCUGCGCCCGCACCACCGCCUGGCCGCGCUGGACCUCCGCCACCGCCUGGUCGGGCUGGCCCUCCGCCGCCACCAACACGUGACGCUGCUCCUCCGCCGCCACCAACCCGUGACGCUGCCCCUGCACCACCACCGGCUGCACAGCGCGCAGGCCCUCCGCCGCCACCCGGCCGGACUGCAGGCCCACCACCGCCGCCGUCCAACCGCACCUCGGCUGCCCCGCCUCCACCCACUCGCGCCUCGAAUGCCCCGCCGGCGCCAGCCCGAUCCAACCAGGGCGGCGAUUUCGAAUCACGCUUCUUCCCGAACCCUCCUUCCAUCCCCGACCCAGAGCCGUACACUCCCGGUCCCAAGACCUAUAUCUCUGCAACAUCCGGUCCUGCAGGCGCACGGACAAGCACUGCCGCUCGUGCCGCACCAGCAGCUCCCAAUCGCGGAAGCGCACCCCCGCCACCACCAAACCGAAGUAGUCCUCGACCACCGCCGCCACGCUAAGCGUUGUUGGGUGUUUGUCGGCUAAUUUUGCAUGUAGGCCGCAUGCGCUUCCGUCGCCUGGAUGUGGCUUAUGCUUGUUUUUUGCUUUGCUGUUUAUCAUUGUGUGACGUUUCUAUUUGGUGUUUUCCGUCCUUUUUUUUUUUUUUUUUUUGAUUGGUUGUUUGUUUGUUUGUUUGCUUUAUUUGUUUGUUUGUUUGUUUGUGUGUUGUGAUUGCUCUUUUUCUUCUCCAAUGUAAAUGUCGACCUUUU